AGGUCCAAAGUAUCCUUUAGUUGAAAAAGCAAUAAAUAUUUGGGUUGGCCAAGUUUUAGCUGCUAGUCUAGUUCUCACAGACAAAUUAGGGAAAUCAAAAGAUCGUGAGUUCAGAAGACUUCUUGGCAUUUUUGAAGAUGAAUUAAAAUUUUUGAAUAG